UAUGAUUUUAGUUUUCUUAUCACAGUGGAGAAACUCGCCGUGAAAAGCCCCAAGCCUAAAACCCCAGCAAUCCACGACCACAAGGCACAAGCCUCCGUACACGCACCAGUGGAAAGCGGCACCAUUUCUCCCAAAAUUCCGAAGCAGAACUUGAUUGAUGCUGCUAAGAAUGAAAGCUUUGAGAGCUCUCCGAACCCUAACGUCCCUCUCUUCAAAUUCAAAAGCCCCCAAAAUUCCCUUAAAUCCUUCCUUUCCCUUCCGAUUCUACGCCGCCCAGCCUCAAGAGGACGACCCAUCUUCCCACCCCACCUUCUCUGACUCCGAAAAUGCGUCUGAUUCUUCGGUGUUCGACAGUUCCCAUUACGCCAUGCCCGGCUUCUUCGGCUCAGACGCCACGGCUCCUCCGAAACAACCCACUUGGGACAAGCAGUACAGGGCAAAAGCCGACGAGGUGAUAUUCGGGAAGAAGAAGAAGAAGAAGAAGAAGAAGACCCAGAAAGAAGAAGAAGAGGAAGAAGAAGAGGUGGAGGAGGAGAAGAGAAGAGCGCUUGCCAAGGCUCUUCUCGAGGCGGCGUUGGAGGCGGCCGACGACGACGAGGACGACGAAGAAGAAGACGGUGAUUCGGUGGUGAAGGAGGAGGACCAGAAGUCGCUGUCGGUCGGGAUUGUUGGUGCCCCUAAUGCAGGGAAAUCUGCGCUCACUAAUUACAUGGUUGGAACAAAAGUUGCAGCUGUUUCACGCAAGACAAACACCACUACACAUGAGGUCUUAGGAGUUAUGACAAAAGGAAAUACCCAAAUUUGUUUCUUUGAUACCCCAGGGCUUACAUUAACAAGUAGUGGGCAACCAUACAAGGAUAUAAAGGUUCGGGUAGAAAGUGCUUGGAGCUCAGUUCAAUUAUAUGAUGCGGUUAUUGUAAUCUUUGAUGUUCACAGGCAUAUAACAAGGCCUGAUGUAAGAGUAAUAGGAAUGAUAAAACGUAUGGGAGCAAAACCACAUGCAACACAAAAAAGAGUAUUAUGUAUGAACAAGGUUGAUUUAGUCGAGAAUAAGAAAGACUUGUUAAAGGUUGCUGAGCAGUUCAAAGAUCUUCCUGGUUUUGAAAAGCAUUUCAUGAUAUCAGGGCUAAAGGGCUCUGGAGUUAAAGAUCUUACGCAAUAUUUGAUGGAACAGGCGGUAAAAAGACCUUGGGAUGAAGAUCCAUUCACUAUGAGUGAGGAAGUUAGGAAGAACAUAGCAUUAGAAGUUGUCCGUGAGAGGUUGUUAGACCAUGUUCACCAGGAAGUUCCGUACGGUAUCGAACAUCGUUUGGUAGACUGGAAGGAGUUGCGGGAUGGUUCUCUCAGGAUCGAGCAACAUUUUAUCACUCCUAAGUUAAGCCAGCGCAAGAUUCUUGUGGGAAAGAAGGGCUCUAAAAUAGGGAGAAUUGGCAUUGAGGCUAAUGAGGAGCUAAGAUCCAUCUUCAAAAGGGAAGUGCAUCUCAUUCUCCAGGUUAAACUUAAAUGACAAGUUUAACAAUUUGGAUGCCUUGCCAAGAAAGCAUCUUUUCAUAUCACAUUAUCUGGAUCUGGAAGUGUAUAUAGAAAAGGAAUCCCAGUGUACCUUUACUAUAAUGUUUCUCAAUGAUCAACUUUGAAAAGACCAUUGAAAUUCAGGUUUUUAGAGUGGAGGCAGCGAUAGGGGCGGGAACAAAUGUUGAAAGAUCACCUUCUUGACGGGUGGGCAUGAUUUAUAGUCUUUGGCUGUUACGAAUUAGUCAUCUUAUAGUCCCUUUUUUCGUAAGUUUUUAUUUGUAUACUAAUGUAUUGAAGGUGAUAAAAGAUUUAUUUUC